GAGCAAUACUCUUCGGCGGGCUGAGUCGCGAUGCGGUAGUUGAACGAUCACGGAUCAUAAAGCUCAUUUGAUCCACCCCCCAAAUUUCCUCAUAGGAAAAAAAUUCAAAAAGUGCUCUUACGGCCAAAAGUGCCCAAGGAAAAAAAAACAAAGUGCGCGCGAUACUUACAAAUAGGGUGGAAAAGCUCCCGUGAAAUUGUCUUCUGGAAACUCUGUUGUGAACGAUGGAAAACCAUUGAAUUUCCUCCUUGGGAAAAAAACUUUUUAACUGAAUUUUUUUGGACUUGUGGUGUGAAAGAGUGCCUCGACGGAAUUGUGUUGAAGCUGACGAAGAAAUUGUAUUUGUUAGCAAACAUCUCGUCGAGAAAAGAAGUGAAUUGGCAAGAGAGAUAUCAUUGAUAGGAGAACACCCCAAAUUGGCGGCGGCCUGAAAGCACACAAACAAGAAUCUCGUUCCCGCCCAGGGACACUUUUCACCUCCUCGCACGUUCCCAGGGUAAUUGCGACAAAAUAUCCAAGACAUGGCGCCUCCACUGCUGCUCAAAUUCGCCCUCUGUGCCGUCUUAACUCUGGCUCUCAUGAGAUUGGUCUCAGCACAAGAAUCAUUCAAAUGCGAAAGUGAAGGAUACCAUGCGGAUCCAGAUGACUGCGCUGUCUUUCAUCGAUGUGUGGACAAUGGCAAUGGGGGCUUAACUGAUUACCGCUUCACCUGUGGCCCAGGUACUGUCUUCUCAUCCGGGAACAAUGUCUGUGUUCACCCAAGCGAUGCCAACAACGAAAAAUGUGGUCUUGCUUCGAAUUCUGUGAAUCCAGAAUCGGAGCAUGAUUCACAGCAACCAGCACCAUCGUCCACAACACAAGCAUCAACAGCACCAUCAACCACACCUACAACAACAACAACAAAGAAAACCACAACUAAAACCACAACAACUACAACUCCACAACCUCAGCCUGAACCAGAACCUGAACCAGGAGCUGAGCCUGAACCCGAACCCGAUGCAGAACCAGCUCCAGACACAACGGACAAGGAGGGUCUCUGCAAAGGCGAAGGAUUCAUUGCACACCCAACAGAUUGUCGUAAGUUCUACCGCUGUGUAUCGAACGGAGAGGGACAGUACAACCGCUACGAAUUUGAAUGUGGUGAAGGCACAGCCUGGGAUGAAAGUAUUCAAGGAUGUAACCAUGACUACCUCGUUGAACGAUGUGGAGGCAGAGCAACAACAGCAUCAAUGGGAGAUGACUACCAAUCAACGAGUUCACAAAGUUCCAGCUCCUCAUCAAAUGAUACCUCUUCCUCAUCAUCGUCAUCUUCGCAAAAUAGCACAAGUAGCUCCAGUAGCAGUAGUUCAUCGAGUAGUUCAUCAAGUAGCUCAUCCAGCAGUUCAUCGAGCAGUUCCUCAAGCAGCUCAUCAAGCAGUUCAUCUAGUAGUUCAUCCAGUAGUUCCAGCAGUAGCAGUAGUACAUCAUCGAGUACUCAGUCUUCAACCGAGCAAUCCAGCUCUAGCUCAAGCUCAUCCUCUUCAUCAAGUGAAGAGCAACAGAGUAGUAGCUCUUCGUCAGGCUCAGAACAAAGUAGCUCACAGACUGAAAGCAGCAGCCAGAGCAGUGGUAGUAGUUCUACUUCUGAGCAAAAUCAAUCAUCUAGUGGUUCUUCAACUGACCAAUCAUCUAGUAGCUCUUCGACAGAUCAAUCAUCUAGUAGCUCUUCAACAGACCAAUCGUCUAGUAGCUCUUCUACAGACCAAUCAUCCAGUAGCUCAUCCACAGAUCAGAGUAAUAGUCAAAGCUCAUCCAGUUCAGGCUCUGAGAGCAGUUCAUCGAGUGAAAUGAAUCAGACCAAUAAUGAAAAUAACCAGAGCGGAAGCUCAUCGACUUCCGAAUCAUCUUCAGGAUCUAGUAGUUCCUCAACGGAUAGUGGACAAAGCAGCAGUUCAACAUCUGAGUCAAGUAGUUCAUCCACUGAUAGUAGUAGUCAAUCGUCAUCUGGAUCAGAAUCUUCCAGUAGUUCUACAGAUAGUGGUCAGGGUAGUUCGGGAUCUUCUUCUGGUUCUGAUACUAGUUCUGGAUCAGGUGGAAAAUGCGAAAGAGAUGGCUUUAUGGGUGAUCCCGAAGACUGUCGCAAAUUCUAUCGAUGUGUCGAUAAUGGCAAAGGUGGAUACGAUCGCUAUGAAUUCACUUGUGCAGAAGGAACUGUUUGGGAUAGUGAACAGGAUACUUGCAACUACCCAUGGGCUGUGAAAGAUCCUAAAUGUGGAACGGGAAGUAAUACGGGUGGAUCAGGUGGAGAAUCUUCCAGUCAAGCACCGUCUUCAUCUGAAUCAUCAUCUUCGCAAGCAACUCAAUCAACAACAUCCGCUACUACCACAUCUUCACAAGCUCCGUCCUCAACUACAACAUCUUCUUCGUCUUCGUCAGCUCCAUCGUCAACAACUACAGCUUCUACAACUACACAAGCUCCAUCCUCAUCAACAACUGCUUCUUCAUCUUCGCAAGCUCCAUCAUCAACAACUCAGCAAUCCUCCGGAUCUAGUACAACUUCUCAGCCACCAUCAUCCGAUGGUCAAUGUAGAGAAGAGGGAUUCAUUCCACAUGAAAGCGACUGCAAGAAAUUCUAUCGAUGCGUUAGUGAUGGAAAUGGAGGCUUCACUCGCUACGAAUUCAGUUGCGGAGAAGGAACUGUCUGGGAUACAGCAACAACAUCAUGUAACUAUCCUCAGGAUAGUGCCCCACCGUGUGGAACCGGGACAUCAUCUGGAUCAACUGAGUCAUCAGGUGGCGGAGGAUCUUCCACUGAAAGUUCUACUAGUCAGCAACCCCAAUCCACGGAAAGUUCAACACAAUCGUCUACAACCUCAUCAUCAACAACUACGUCUUCAUCAACAACGUCAUCGUCAACAACAACAUCAUCGUCAACAACCACAUCUGCUCCAAGUUCAUCUUCCGAGGCACCUAAAGAAACUGAAUCAACUACUGCUGCCCCUUGUCAAAAUGGGACAACUAGCACUACACCUAGCUCGCAACCAGCUGGUACGGAGUGUGAAGGUGAAGGAUUCAUGGCUGAUCCUGAGGACUGUCACAAAUUCUACAGAUGCGUAAGCGAUGGCCAAGGAGGCUACACAAGGCAUGACUUUACAUGUGGUCAAGGAACUGCAUGGGAUGAAGCUGCUCAAACGUGCAAUUAUGAAGACUCUGUUGAAAGAUGCAAAAGUGGAAGUUCAAGCUCUCCACCACCAUCGUCUUCAUCUUCAGCACCACCAAGUUCAACCACAACUAGCAGUUCCUCUUCCUCACAAAGUACAACAUCGAGUCCACAGAGUUCAACAACAACAACACAGUCAUCAUCAAGCGCACCACCAAGUUCAUCAAGUUCUUCGUCAUCAUCAACAACGACUACAACUACGACCACAACAACAAGCGCACCACCAUCUUCAUCGUCACAAGCACCUAAUCAGGGAAGUACGACAUCUUCGCCUUCCAGUGGUACCUGUGAAAGAGAAGGCUUCUUUGGGGAUCCAGAUGAUUGUCAUAAAUUCUAUAGAUGUGUAGACGACGGAAAUGGCGGAUUCACUAAAUAUGAUUUUGUGUGUGGAGAAGGAACAGCCUGGGAUGAUGCUGCUCAGACAUGUAAUCACGAAAGGGAUGUCCCUGCUUGUCAAAAUCAAUCGGGAUCAUCUGCACCGCCAUCUAGUACUACAACUUCAUCGCCAUCGAGUUCUGAAUCCACAACGACAAGCAGUUCGAGCACCACAACUGGUAGCAGUACAACCACAUCUUCAUCAUCCAGCAGUUCUACAACAUCUGCACCAUCUAGCAGUUCAACAACAUCAUCUACAACAACCGGUUCAUCCUCUAGCUCGGAAUCCUCAUCAUCAUCUUCAACGGAAUCUACAACUGCUGCACCAUGUGGAAAUACAACGAGUGAAAUAAAAUGCGAGGAAGCUGGAUUCUUCCCAAAUCCCGAUGACUGUAGGAAGUUCUAUCGUUGUGUUGACUGGGAAAAUAAUGGAGAGAAAUUCUCAUUGUAUCACUUUGAAUGUGGAGAAGGUACUAUUUGGGAUCCAGCUCUCGAAACGUGUAACUAUCCCGAAAGUGUACAACCACCGAGGAACUGCAAGACUCCCCCUCCAUCUGAAAACCAAACGGGUGAAGAAACAACAUCUUCUUCAACAACUACCACAACCACUACUACAACAACUACGACAACUACCACCACAACUACAACCGAAUCGCCAAGAGAGGAAACUACAGGUUCUACCACAACUGAAGCAACCACAGAAAGUACAGAGUCUACAACGACGGAGGGUACAACUGAAAGUACCGAAUCCACUACCACUGAAGGUACGACUGAGAGUACAGAAUCCACCACAACAGAAGGUACAACAGAAAGUACGGAAUCCACUACAACUGAAGCAACUACAGAAAGUACAGAAUCUACGACAACAGAAGGUACUACAGAAAGUACGGAAUCAACCACAACUGAAGCAACUACAGAAAGUACGGAAUCAACGACAACAGAAGGUACUACAGAAAGUACGGAAUCAACCACAACAGAAGGUACUACAGAGUCUACAACAACAGAAGGAACAGAGUCAACCACAACAGAAGGUACUACAGAAAGUACGGAAUCAACCACAACAGAAGGUACUACGGAAUCAACCACAACAGAAGGAACUACAGAAUCUACAACAACAGAAGGAACAGAGUCAACCACAACAGAAGGUACUACAGAAAGUACGGAAUCAACCACAACAGAAGGUACAACGGAUUCAACCACAACAGAAGGUACUACAGAAUCUACAACAACAGAAGGAACAGAGUCAACCACAACUGAAGGAACCACAGAAAGUACAGAAUCUACGACAACUGAAGGUACUACAGAGAGUACAGAAUCCACUACCACUGAAGCUAAUACAGACUCAACCACAACUGAAGGUACUACAGAGAGUACAGAAUCCACUACUACUGAAGGUACAACUGAUUCCACCACUACUGAAGCUACUACCGACUCUACAACAACAGAAGCUGCUACAGAAAGUACAGAAUCCACCACAACUGAAGGCACUACAGAAUCAACCACUACUGAGGGUACUACAGAAACAACAGACUCUACUACAACUGAAGGUUCAACGGAAACGACAGAUUCCACCACAACUGAAGGUACUACGGAAAGUACAGAAUCCACCACUGAGGGUACAACUGAGUCGACAGAGGGAACAACUGAGGGUACCACAGAGGGCACAACAGAGGGUACCACGGAGAGUCCUCCGCAGAAUUCUUCGUGUCCUCCUCUAGAGAGUGGCCAGGCAUACUUUGUUUGUCCCACAGGAUUUAGACGUCAUCCACAGAACUGCAGUCAAUUCUAUCAGUGCACACAGCAACCAGAUAGUGAAGACUACAACAUUGUUGUCUUCAGCUGUCCUGAAGGAACAAUUUACGAUGAUGAACAAACACAGUGCUUACCUCCGGAGCAAACGACCCCCUGUCAGUCAUCAUCAAGACGUUCUCUACGUGGUUUCGUUGAGAAGCGAUCAACAAUUCAACUCCGCAGACCAAAACGGCUUUGUCCUAAAGAAGGUUACUUCCCGUUCGAGGAUACCACGUGCAGCACGAUGUUCGUUAAGUGUAGUAGAUCAUUGGAGGAAGAGAAACUCGAAGGAACUGUCUACAGAUGUCCAAAAGGAUAUGCUUACUGGCAUGUGAGUAGACGUUGCGAGAAACCUGCUAGAAUCCCCAACUGCCGAGUCAACACAUACGAUGAACGCAACCGAAUUCCAAUCGAAUGGAUCAACCUCGGACGAGGUCGAAGCCUGCGAAUAUAGAUUAUAGAGUGAGAGAGAGAUGAUUUCCUAGCGAGAUAGGCCAUUAGGUAGUUUUUCGUCAAAUUCAGUCAGGAAGUAGCGGCUACAAUGCCACAUUUUUAAUGCUAAGAAACAAAAAAACCACUUUGAACUGAUUUACUUUUACUAUCAAUAAUAUAAAAUGAUGCAAUCUUAGCAUCAGCAACACGAAUAGGAGCCAUUAGAGAGCAUCCUGGCUGUAUAGGGCUUAAGAUGCGCUACUUUUGGCUCUUUUUGGGACAUUUUCCGGUGGCGGGGUAUUUAUAAUGAUGUAAUUAUGUGUACUGAUUGACUUUCAUGUUUCUUUUCCAUGUCCCUCUCGAAAUCCUUUUCAUGUGCACGAUUUGUGAAAGUCAUCGUGCAAUUUUUCUUUUUAAGUAAUUAGGUUAGGAAUCAUUAAAGGACGCCAUACAGAGAAAUUGAUAAAUUGUCAUUGUAAAUAGUGUGAAUGUGCAUUUAUGCGAAACAAAAUGCAAAAUAAAAGUCUAUUAUGAAGACGACGGGGA